UUCGCUGCUUUGUACCGGCUGCUAGGUCCAGAGGUUGGGGGGUGGGGGUGGGGCUGGCCCAAGAGAGAUUGUCCCAACAUUUCUGCCAGGUCUCCAGACCUAGGGUGAGGUCUGUCUCUCACCCUAUGGAAAUGGGCAAACACAAUGCAGCACAGCCCCUUGCUCGGGAGUGGGGGAGACAUGCCGCCAGUUUGGGGGACACGAGCUAAGUUACAACCGAAGCCGCCAGCUCUGGUUACCCAUAGUCCCCUCCGAUGCCUUAGAGCAAGUGCUCCCCACCCCAGCCCUCUUGGCAGGAGCACCCGCCCACUUGGUGCCCAAGCCCAGCCGCAUGCGCACCGCGGCGAGCCCACCCCCCACUAAAGGGUGGUAUAUAUAAAGCGCCUAGCCCGACGCUGGGUAGCUGAACUCGACGGCACGGCAGCGUAGCCGGAGCUCAGUGGCAGGCCACCGCUUCAUGUGUGACCCAGCGAUCCAGCAGAUCCAGACGCAGAUCCACACAGGACGGCAGAGGGAUACUAUGGAUCCUUUCAACCAAUUCAAGCGCGAAGUCACGGGCUUCCCCAGCCUGGGAGUCGACGAGGACCGGGAAGAGCUGCGUGAAACCAAGCAAGUGGGGAUGUCGCUUACCAGAGACCAAGCGGCUGAGGAAGCAGGGGCCGAGUUCGCACCUCAGCAGCAGGCGGCAGGCAUACAAAUCAAGAAGGAAGGAGACAGCCAUGGGGACGACAACCAUGGUGACGGUGACGGCGAGGAGGGGGCCGACGAUGUGGGCGCUGGAUAUCCGUGCCCCGCGGGUCGCAAAACCCGCGAUGUGAAGCCGGAGGAGCCGAAGCCGGAGGAGCCGAAGCCGGAGGAGCCAAGGCCGGAGGGGCGGUUGCCCUCGGCCGCGGCUCCGGCUCCGGGUCCCGCUCGGGGAGGGAGGUGGCCGGUGGGUCGCCUCAUCAAGUUCACCCCCCAGCAGAUGCGCCAGCUGGAGAGCUUGUUCCAGACCACCCACUAUCCCAGCAUCACCACGCGCCAGGAACUUUCGAGAUUCAUGAAUGUGCCUGUAGCCAGACUGCAGGUUUGGUUUAAGAAUAGGAGGGCCAAGCUGAGAAGACAGCGGAGGGCACUGAGGCACAGAAACAUGCCCCCCAUGGCCACGGUCCCCCCUUCCAUCAUAAACGUGGGUCGACCCUACCGUGGCAUCUUCAUUAGUCAGCUGAAUUUUGUGUGGAUUUUUCAGGAGCCAAUGAUGCCGGGGCCACCUUGCCCGCCCAUGCAACCCUUUCCUCCUAUGUUCCUGUUUCCUCAACCUUGGUUCCGUCUAGCUUUCCCUCCCUAUGGCUGCCCUCCACCCUUCCUUCCCUCUGGCUACCUUCCACCUUUCCCUCCCUAUGGCUGCCCUCCACUUUUCCUUCCCUCUGGCUACCUUCCAUUUUCCCUUCCCUUUGGCUGCCCUCCACCUUUCCCUCCCUACGCCUGUCCUCCUAUGGCCCAUCCUGGUGCGGUACCACCCUUGGCUCUUCUUUAAUCCUUUUCCCAAAGAAUGGGAUCUGUGACAGUUUUUUUCCGAGGUUUUGUUGAGCCAGAUUCAAGUUUCUGUAUCUGUCGCCAUAACGAAUAGUUCAUUAAAUGUGUGCUGAAUGUAUUAAAGGGAAGUCAAAUUCACUGACCCUCUAUUUUAGGGCACUUUUUACGUUUUCAAUAAAGUUGUGAAUUCU